CGUUCUCAAAUCCCUAACGCCUCCAAAUCCGCCUCCUCCCGCCCCCGAGCCUCGCCGCCGUUAAUGGGUAUUUGCAGUUCUUCGGAAUCUGCCGCUGUCGCCACUGCUAAAUUGAUCCUUCACGAUGGAAGCCUGCAGGAAUUUUCUUAUCCGGUUAAGGUUUCGUACGUUCUUCAAAACAAUCCGUCGUGUUUUAUAUGCAACUCCGACGAGAUGGAUUUCGACGAUGCUUUGUCAGCCAUUAGUGACGACGAGGAGCUUCAACUCGGACAGCUCUAUUUUGCGCUGCCGUUGAAUAGGCUGAAGCAGCCGCUUCAAGCCGAGGAAAUGGCCGCAUUGGCUGUCAAGGCCAAUUCUGCGCUAAUGAAAUGUGGCGGCGGAGACAAAUGUAGCCACCGCCGGAGAUCGGUGUCUCCGGUGGUUUUCACGGUUGAGGAACUCAAGACUCGUAAACGAGUAGCAGCCGGCCGUGGUGGCGCCGGUGGAAGAAGAAAGUUCGCGGCGAAUUUGAUGGCGAUUCCUGAAUAGGGUCAUUUUUGAAAAAUGGGAUGGGUUUGUUGUGUAAAUAACGGGAAAAUAGGGUCUUGGUGGUUUAGAUCUUUUGAUUUGUUCGUUCUUUAAAAAAAAAACAAAAACAAAAACAGGACAAUUGGACAUUUAGACCUUUUUUUAUUAUUUUAAAAGUAGCACUAGCAUAGGGCAUUCCAAAAAAGAAAAAAAAAGAUAAAUGUAGAUUAGCCCAUUCUCAUUUAUCUAUGAUGAGAUUUACAUUUUGAUGACACCUUUUGGAGGUUAUCUUACAAUUUUACUCCAUUGCUCAGACAAUAUAUCCACGAGACUCUACAACUUUGAUGUGUA